CUCCGUCGGCCAUCCAGGCUCAUUUUGCAGGAUUUAAACUGCUGAGGCAGGACACUACCCAAGUGGUGACCUCAAUAUGGAGACGAGGCACAGGAGGGGAUCAAGGCUAGCUCAGUCAACACCCAACUUUAUUGACCUGACCUGUGACAUUGACUCUGAUGGCUCUGAAGAUGAUGUCCUUUUUGUUGGGGAGGAACUACCUGUUGUUCAAACUCCAACAGGGGUCAUGGAGAUGCUGGCGGACCAGCCCGAUCCGCAACAGAUCACAGCCGCGCCGGCCGCCACCACCGACCAUCCUCGCAACGUGGCCGAAGCCGAACUGGAGCGCGAUAUCUGCGCCCUUACCGUCGAGCUGGACGAGCUGCAAGUGCACGUGAGCGCACAGGACGCUCGGGCGCUGCGGCCCAGCGUGGCGCGGCGCCUGCGCCAGCUACGGCGCGCCUACGACGAGCUGGUGGUUCGCGUGGCGGCGCUGCCGGGCGGCCGCCGGCGCCGCUUCCAGCCGUUUCUGCGGCCGAUUUGCGCCGACCUGGACGCCGUGUACCUGAUGCAGGUGGUGGCGCAGCACGAGGGUACCGUGCUCGCGGCCGCCGCGCGGCGCGACACGCCGCACUAG